UGCUGAUCCGACUUGAGACUGAGAGAAUUCAAGAUGGCUGUCUCAGGCUUCAGAUGAGGGCUCCCUCCUGCUUUGCCCCGGUGUGUGAAUCUUUCUUGCGGUCGACUGAGUUUCAGUGCUGCCAGGCCCUCACUGCCCCUUUACAGACACCAUGUCAUCCACCUCCUCCUGUUCUUCCUCGGGGGAAAAUAGCCCGGAAGACGUGCCCCGAGGUGGGGGCACCAUCCGCGUCUACCUCCCUAAUAAGCAGCGGACAGUGGUAAAUGUUCGGGGCGGGCAGACCGUCUAUGACAGUCUAGACAAGGCUUUGAAAGUCAGAGGCCUGAGCCAGGAGUGCUGCGCCGUCUUUCGGCUUCUUGAAGGCCGUAAAAGGCUUACAGAAUGGAACACUGACAUCACACCCCUUGUAGGGGAGGAGCUUUUGGUAGAAGUGCUGGAUGAUGUUCCCCUUACCAUGCACAACUUUGUCCGUAAAACAUUCUUCAAGUUAGCAUAUUGUGACUUCUGCCACAAGUUCUUGUUCAAUGGCUUUAGGUGUCAGACAUGUGGAUAUAAAUUUCACCAGCACUGUAGCAGUAAAGUCCCUACUGUAUGUGUGGACAUGGAUACCAUGACAAAACGGUGUGGUCCCUCUUCAGAGGACUACCCUCGCAUAUCUUUAUCGAUAAUGCCAGAAGCCAUACCUGACACACCGCUAACCUCAGAACAUUCUGGAGAGGAGCUGCUAUCUCUUAGCCCUAAUUUCCGCUCAUUAAUGCGAGGCGAGGAUGGUCAGUCUCUCCAGAGGCAUCGCUCCACCUCGACACCAAACGUCCACAUGGUCAGCACGCUGGAUCCUAUAGCCGCUAGCCUAAUGGAGGAGUCAUUAAAAAUCAGCACAAUGGGACCAGAUACCUCUCCCAAACCUUCUACUAGCCCACCCCGUCUAGGGUCACCAGGAAGAAAACCUCCUAAAUCGCCAAAUGAGCCCAAGGAUCGAAAGCCAUCUUCAUCUGAUGAAAAAAAGAAAGUGCAUCGGGGAGGUUUCAGAGACUCAAGCUACUACUGGGAGGUGCACCCAGGGGAGGUGACCACGAUAAAGAGAAUUGGGGCGGGCUCUUUUGGGACGGUCUUCAAAGGCAAGUGGCACGGAGAUGUGGCUAUCAAGAUUCUUAAAGUGACCGAUCCGACACCAGAGCAGCUCCAGGCAUUUAAAAACGAAAUGCAGGUUUUACGGAAAACGCGUCACGUCAACAUUCUGCUGUUCAUGGGCUUUAUGACAAAGCCUAAUUUUGCCAUUAUUACACAGUGGUGUGAAGGCAGCAGUCUGUACCGCCACCUGCAUGUUACAGAGACCAAGUUUGAAACGAUGCGUCGCAUUGAUGUGGCUCGACAGACUGCACAAGGCAUGGAUUAUCUUCACGCCAAGAAUAUCAUUCACCGGGACUUGAAAUCCAAUAACAUCUUUCUGCACGAAGGCUGGACGGUAAAAAUCGGCGACUUUGGGCUGGCCACAGUAAAGUCCCGCUGGAGUGGCUCUCAGCAAGUUGAACAGCCUAGUGGCUCCAUCCUGUGGAUGGCUCCUGAGGUGAUCAGAAUGCAGGACACUAACCCAUACACCUUUCAGUCUGAUGUUUAUGGCUAUGGAGUGGUGCUAUAUGAACUGAUGUCUGGGACUUUGCCUUAUUCAAAUAUCAACAACAGGGACCAGAUUAUAUUCAUGGUGGGUCGUGGGUACUUGUCCCCAGACCUCAGUAAAUUAUCCAGCAGUUGCCCUAAAUCAAUGAAGAGGCUCAUCAUCGAUUGUCUGAAAUACAAACGGGACGAACGGCCUCUAUUUCCACAGAUCUUGGUGAGCAUCGAGCAAGUUCAGGAUCUGUUGCCAAAAAUCGAGCGGAGUGCCUCCGAGCCCUCUCUACACCGGGCUGUACAUGCAGAGGAUCUGAACCCGCUUCUUCUUCACACCACCCGCCUGAUGCCUCUGUGAGACCCCCGGAAACGCCAUCGUUCCAAACGCCAUCAUUCCCAGCACGGAUUCUGGAGAUCCUGUUAUUCCACACUUUUCCGAGAGCCAAGCUUUUUUGUUGGUCUCACAUAUAUUUGUGCACAAACUCUUCAUUUAUCAACUCCCCUUCACAGUUCCAAAAUUCUCUAUGCUGCUCCUGUUUAAAGCUGCUUAUAGAGAAUGACCAACAACAGAAAUCUGUUCAGCUGCUUUUUAACACUAGCAGCUGUGAUUACACUUAAUGGGUUUCGAAAUCCAGGCAUCAUAUCAGCAAUGUAUCGGCACAAUCUUAAUUACCUCAUUUUUUGAGGUGUGUUUUGAAAUGAUUGUGCCUUUUUUACUUUGAGAUGAAAGUAGCGAUCUUUUUUUUUUAUAGAACCUGCAAAUUUGGAGAUUUUCAUUUGAUUGAUUUAUGUUCCCCUCGAAUGAACUUCUUUACGGUUGAGUCGUUACUCGCUGUGAUUGCUCAGUUUAUGGGUCUCGUCACAAAGACUUUCUGCUCACAACAAUAUCACAGAUUUGUUUGCAAUCAAUUGUUUACAAUUUACAGUAAUCAUGUUUCAAAAUCAUCCGUCUGGACUGUUUUCAGCUUUUUUUAAUUCCGUUAUUUUCGGAUUGGCGAAAUCCGAUGGAAACUAUUGCUAAAACACUCACCUGGUUGUCACAUUUGGUUGGAUGUUCAUGUCACUAGUGCCCUUAAUAAUUGUGCUGUGCAUUUGUGAUUUUGGAAAUCUCUAUCAAAAUUUUUUAUCUUUGAGCUUGUGCUGUGUUUUGGUCAGCUUGACUGUGUAAAGAAAUAUUACAAGAAUGGCACAAAUCUUUAAACUUCAACUUAUCAUUGUGCUGUGUUAGUAGUGUAGUUUGUUUUGUACGUGUGCACAAACGUAUGCGCACGGCCGCAGUUUGACACAGAUGUUCAAUGCGCUUUACAACAAAAUGCAAUACCUCUCCUGUGCUAAAUACUACAUUAUCCUGUACGUGCGUGCACGUUAGUCCUACACUUAAAAAUUAUACGUGGUUACCAAAUUCAUGGACCCUCGCGUAUGCGUAAAAAUGGAACUUAAGCUUCCAAUUAUAGUUUUUUAUUUUUUACUUGUACGUGCACAGUCGAACGCACAGCAAAGCAUAGUUUAUUUGACUCGUACGUGUACACAGACAUAUACGGUGCACACAUACUAUUCUGAUAUUUUCGUGUAUAUUUUCGUCACGCACACUGUACGUAGACCCUCGCUUAUGCAUAAACACAAAAUGCAAUACCUCUCCUGGGCUAAAUACUACAUCUCCUGUAUGCGAAUGUGCGACCUUUGUGUAAAAAGUAUGGUCACAAAAAUUUGACUCUGCAUGCAUACUACACACACACUGUACGUGGACCCUUGCUUUAAAAACCGAACUAUACUUCUAACUUCAGUAAACAUUCACAAUCUAUAUUGAAGCAGUACUUCACUGAAAAAAAAGACUGGAUUUGCUUAAAAAUAUAGUGCAUCAUUUUUGCAUGGAUUUUUUAAGAAUUAUAUGGAAUUUUAAGCAAUUUAUUCAAUUGAAAGUGACCUAUGUGCAAAAAGUAUGGUUACAUGGAAAAGUGGACGCAAAAGGAAAUCCAGUGUAUAAUUUUUUUACAGUGUAGUAAAACUAAUACAUUGUGUAGUAUUCGGCACAGAUUGCGCAUGCUCAGAAAAGUUGCAGUUAAUUCUCUUAAGCAAUGCUUGAAUUAGGCUGCUAACUUACAACGGCUACCGAUCUCUGGUUAAGCACAGAUCAAUCUUAACAUGUUCUUCCAUUUCUACAAUAACGCCUCUCCCAGGAAGAACACCUUCACAACUUCAUUUGAGUCUUAUUUGUUCACGACGGGCAGCAGUAGUGUUAGAAAAUGCUUUUUGGUUUAUUACAUUAACUCAAAAAAGCAUUUGCUGUGUAUGUAAUAGCAAUAUUAAAAUUCACGUUCCUCCCAUUUACUGGUUUCAAGACUGAUUGAAACCUAAUACGAUGGGGCCUUACGUCAUCUACAUUGUUUUUUACGUAGUCUUAAUAUUUGUAACUUAUUGAUUCAAAACUGACAGUUUACUAAAGGCAGAGCUUCUGUUGUUAUUUAGCAAUAUUUGAAUGGGGCUGGGUACCCUGUUGAGCUGUACUCAUUCCAAAUAUGAUGUCUGUAGAAGACUGUGGGUGUUUCUGUAAUUGUUGUGAAGGGAUUUAAGAUAUAGUUUCAUAUCCCCUGAUCGACUCUUGGAAAUGGAUGUGUAGUUUUGAACAAACCUGGCUAUCUUAAUAUAUAGUUGUAUUUUCUUAUGUACUUCCUCUAGUUUUACAUAGAAACAGGGUGUGUGUGGAGAGAGAGAGAGAGAACAUGACUGAAGUUUUUCUGGGCUAUUAUAGAAAGAUGAUGUGGUACUCUUCAACUGUAUGAUUUAUUUUCCUAGGAAACCAAUCGUAAUAAUAUUUUUCAGCACAAAAUGAGGUCAUUGUGCAUUUUGUAGAUGGCAACACAUGCUCCUCUCUUUCCGUAACGGUUAAGAAAGCAAAAAAUGAUUGGCUUGUAUUUAGAAGGGUCUUGAUGCACAGCUGUAAACUGUAUGAUACGUUUCUAAAAGUGGGUUUCAAACCAAAACCUCUCUUAGCAAAUUAGAAAAACAUUGCUGAUUGUAAAAGUGUAAAACUCAUUAGAACAUAAGCCUUAAAGGGCACAUAUUAUGCCCAUUUUUACAAGUCUCAAGUGUGCCUAGAAUGUGUCUGUGAAGUUUCAGCUCAAAAUACCCCACCGAUGAUUUGUAAGGGUAUGUCCAAAAUGUCUACAGUUCAUGUUUGUACCU